AUUAUUUAUUUAUUUGUUAAUUAAUUGUAACCAAUUAUAACGGAAUAACAAAAAGAAAAACAGAAAUCAAAAGAGAAAGGAACAGUAGUGGGGGGAGGAGAUGGCGAGGAGGAAGAUAAGCAAGGAAGAAGUUGUACAGAAGCUUAAGGACGACGGCGAUUUUGACAGUCUCCGCGUCAAUAUCAUACGCCGCCUCAAAGAUAACGAGGAAUUACGGAACAACAUGAUAUCACUUGUCAAGGAGUCAGCAGCUCUGAAUCGACCGGGUGUUCAAAAUAUGAAAACUAGGCAACUCUCUGAUGCCAUUUUCCAAGAAGUCGUAAGCAAGAUGCUGAGCCAGCUCUCAGAUGGGUUGUGGGGGAUAAUAAGAUCAGAAGACGGGAUGAAGAGCGAGAUCAAAGAAACCGUGCAAUCCGUCUAUGCUAUAUUAUCUAACCCAGGAGGCCUUCAAGAGGGACCAUCCACGAGAGAAGCGGGACGUAAUAUACCAGCACCGGUCUCAAUAGGUGAAGCCUCCUCGUCUUAUCCCCAUUUAGAGAAGGAGCUACCUAGGUUUGGUCCAGCUGGUAAACAGAAGCAAGAGCUGAUUCGAGGAGCUGUAGAAGAAGAAAGCAAAGGAGAAGCAGCAUGUAGUUAUAGUAGCACCAACAGAGUUAAUCACAUUGACAACAACAGUGAUGACGAAGAUCAUGAACUCCCUCCUGGUUUUGGCUAAACAUGUAGUUAUUCUUUUUAGACUUUUCUUUGUGUAAGAUUAUAGCACUAAAAUCAGAUCUUAUAAUAACAAUCACAUUGAGAAUAA